AUGAAUGUUGUCCAUGCCUUUCGAAAGGAUGAUUUGCUGAAGAAUUCACGCAUGUUUUCUGGAUCCAUAUCCUUCAACGAUGGUCUCGUAGGAGCUCUCUUCCCAGACCCCCAGUUCUUCAUCACGUCGCCGACUUCAAAGUUCAUUCCUUCACCUUCAACCACCAACGAAGUUCGCCUGUAUGCUGAUGGUCACUUUGGAGACCAUGACUAUGGCUGCACCCCACAGUACUAUGAAGAAGCGUACUGCCACCUCCCUCUCAUCCCGCACUGGCCUACUUCGCUCACAGUCAGCCAUCCUUACCAGGAGUUCACAUAUAUGUGGGACGACAUAGAUGGCAACAAUGAUAUCGAAUGGAUGACUGGAUCCAUCCAAGGAAUAGGCUUGUUGAAACGACCAUGGUGCGACCAAUUAUUCCAUGCCUUCAAUCACAUUGAUGGUCGUUGUCAGGAUGUUCUAGCAGAUAGGAUGAAAUCAUCAGACUACCGUGAUUUGCUCACCAUACUACUUUCCUGUUUGCAAGCGGUACUCGACCGCCUAGGGCAUGUUGCGAUGGAUACUUUCACUAUUCAAGUUCUAGUCACGACUGCUCAGCGAUUCUGGCUUGAGAUCGUUGCUGCAUUGGACUACAUGGGUUGGUGCAAGCCAGUCAUGGAUGGCAUUAAGUCCUUGGACCCAGCCCACAGAUCUGAAUAUCGGAUUGGAGCAUUCACUUGGGAUGUAGGCACUGUACAGCUCUUUUUCAAAGCCCAGAUACCUGUGUUCUUUGUCCAUCCUCUCGAUUCUUUUGCUAAUCAAGUAAUAUUGCAGGCUGUCGACCUGUCCUCACCCAAUAUCUGUUCCAAACAUCCCAAGCGAACAUAUCCUACUGUAUUCACUGGAAAACCAUCAGAUCCUCGGAAAUAUGUAGCCCAACAUCAAUGUCUACACCUUUUCCAGGGAUAUUGUGAUCCUUUCAACUUCUGUACCAUUCGUUCUGUCGAGACUGAUACUUCGUCUGCAUCGGCAGCCAAAUCUUCGAGCAUUGGACCCAUAUGCCUGGAGCGCAAUAUUUCCCAUUGUUCAAAUCUGUCUUUUCAAUCCUCGCGCCUGAAAAAAAACAUGCUGUUCAAUGACAUCGGUGGUGAUUAUGCCCCUCCUGCUCUCCCUGCUUGGUCGACAGCAUUAAUGUCGAUCAAUGAAAGAUCUGAACGUGCGACAGCAUCAUUCCCCGAGCCGGCAUACCUUCGGCAACUUGACCACUGUCUUGAUGCACUCAAGUUCCAGGCAACUGCUAUCGGCUCUGAUGCAGUACCACUCUGCCCUCAGCAAUGUUCAAGCAAAUCAACGCAUUCUCCAUCCAUUAAGGCCUUUGAAGUGGCUGAGAAGAUGCUAGGUUUGUGCAUGCAAGGCCAAGAAGUCCAGGUACAGCUGGUGCCACCACCAUCCUCCUCUGAUGAGCAGCCAUUCAAUGUCCUACGUGGUCAUCAGCUCAUUUGGGAGCUCUGCAAGCUUAACUUCCGUUAUGAGCUUCUAGCUCUGGAUCAUCGUGUGUUUUGUGCGGCAGAGGUACUCAUGGAAGUCACCACUGCUAUGGGUGCUAUCAAUGAUUCCAAUUCUAACUGUCAGAAUGCGAUCUUGGUGGUCUUUUCUGGGAAUUCACUGAUUCCACCAGCAGGAGAGCUAUUGGAUGAUGAUGGAUUUGGCGGCGAAUGGGAGAAACAACGAGAACGACUCCGCAAUCUAUGGGACCUAAUGCAAGGCUGGUCAGUUCCAUUGCCUAUGGAGUGCAAGGGCUUGAUGGGUCCAACAGAAACGGAAGGUGGCUUAACUGUGGAGAAGGCUUUGGCCAUGCAUUAUGCACAGACAUUCUUUGACUUCUUUGGUCGACCUCCAGUGCUCCCCCGCCAUAAGCCAGCAGAUAAAUCACAUUGA